AUGUCAUACUUUUUGGAAUCCUCCCCCUUUUUUGUUAGCACUACACACCCAGAUUGUGCUAUUGUUCUGCAAGUUUUGGAGCAGGAGGCUCAAUGCUACGAGAUAAUGAAAACUGAAAACAAGAGCUCAUCCAAUUCCCAGUUCAGAAGCUGCCCUAGCGAGUGGGAUGGUGUCAAUUGCUGGAGAACAGCUUCACUAGGACAGACAGUGACUGCAUCUUGUCCUGAGAGCCUACAGAUGUUCCUGAAGACAACCGUUGUGAUCAGCAGGAACUGUACAGAAAAUGGCUGGACCCCACUGUUUCCCACAUAUGAGAUGGCAUGUGUGUUCACGGGCAGCAAUGAAACAGAAGAUACGAGAGGAUAUUUCUAUACUGUGAAGAUUCUGUACACCUGCGGAUACACAGCAUCGUUGAUUGCACUAGUGACAGCCAUCAGCAUCUUUUCUGUAUUUAGGAAGUUGUACUGCCACAGGAAUUUUAUUCACAUGAACCUGUUUGUGUCAUUCAUUCUCCGUGGAGUUGCUGUGUUUGUUAAAGAUGCAAUUCUGUUUGCUGAUGAUGAUGUUGACCACUGCACUAUGUCCACGAUUGGGUGUAAAGCAGCUAUGGUAUUUUUCCAAUACUCUGUGCUUGCAAACUUUUUGUGGCUGUUGGUGGAGGGGAUGUAUCUGCACACUCUACUCACCCUCACCUUCAUCUCCCAGAGAAGAUACUUUUGGUGGUAUAUUGUCAUUGGAUGGGGUGUCCCAGCUCUUACCGUUAGUGUAUGGAUCGUAACUAGACUUCAAUUUGAUGAUAACGGAUGCUGGGAUGAUUAUGAGAAUAUUUACUGGUGGAUCAUCAAGACACCAAUACUUCUUGCUAUAUUUCUAAAUUUUCUCAUAUUUCUGAAUGUGGUCAGAAUUCUUAUACAGAAAAUCCGCUGCCCAGAUAUUGGUGCAAACUACAAACAGCAGUACAUGAGACUUGCCAAAUCCACACUUCUUCUGAUUCCUCUUUUUGGAGUACAUUAUGUGAUCUUUGCUUUGUUUCCUGAGCACAUUGGAGUCUGGGCAAGAUUGUACUUUGAACUUGUACUUGGCUCAAACCAGGGAUUCAUUGUGGCAUUGCUAUAUUGCUUCUUGAAUGGAGAGGUUCAGGCUGAGAUUCAGCGGCACUGGGGCAAGUGGCAGACUUCACUAGAGAGCAACAUGUUUAAUCUAGUGACACAGGAUUUCACGGCAUGA